AUGCUCUCCCUUCUCGCUGCCCGUCCUCUCGACAUGCUCCUCGCUCCUACCCCUCGCUUGUCUUACCCCUCGGUCUCGGUCUGGGACGACCUGCAGCCGUCCUGGUACGACCGCGUCUCAGCCUCCCGGCUUCUUGACACCGCUGCCAUGCCUCGCAUCGAGUCUCGCCCGGACAGGCACGUGGUGACCAUGGACACGCCCGGAGUACCCGCGGGAGACCUCGCGCUGAGCCUGGUAGGCGACCGGACGCUAGAGCUGGUAGCCUCGUCGAGCAUCUCACCCACCUCCGCGGCAGCCGACGCUCGUCUGGACGACGAGGCUGCUCAAGCCCCUGGUGCUCACCCCGACCGAUCGUCCCUUCGCCUCCGCCAGCGCAUCGUCCUCCCUGCAGACUGCGACCCCGGCGACAUCCGCUCGGAGUACUGUGACGGCCAGCUUCGGAUCGAGGUAGCCCGACGCCAGCCUGCCGAUCGCAGCACCAGCCAGGACGACGAGCUGUCCGAGGAAGCCCGCCGGCUCAAAGAGACUUGUGCCAGCAAGCGCGCUCGAGUCGCCGAGCUGACGGAGGAGCUCCGCCGUGAGCGCCGGGACCUCGUCGGUCUGGAGAGCGAGCUCCGAGCAGCAAGAGAGGAAGCCCGCCGGAAGCGAUCGACCCGCCGGACCCCCAUCGCCAUCCAGCAUCCUACUACGACCGACCGUGCAGCUCUACAAGCACCCAAGGCAGACAGGACGGAGUAG